AUGAAGCUUCUUAACCUCCUCUCCAUUACCUUUGCCCUUAGCGGUAUCUCUUCCGCUAUCCCUGCCACUCCCGAAAAGGCACUCGAGCCUAUCACCGGAACCGUUGUUGGCAAAGGUGUCACUGAGCAUGGCGAGCCCUACACUAUCACUGCUGACUUCGUUGAUAUUUCCGAUAAGGACUUGGCCCUUUUCAAGAACAACCCCGGAAAUGCCACCACCGGCCUUGAAAAGCGUGGAUUCGGCUCCAAGGGGAACUGCGACCAGUGGUAUGAGAACAAAUACUGCUACUGCGGCGGCGCAAUCUCCAACCGUGGAGAUUGCUACUGGGGCAGCCAGGAAUUCUGCAACAUGCACAAGUUCAAGAACUUCCGCAACACCUCGCUCUACCAUGUCAAGUGGCUGCCUACCGUUAAGAUCGAGUACUGGGUUACCAACAAAUGCAACCACGACCGUUACGUUGGCGACAACUGCGGCGGUAUCUUCCUCGACCUCAUCGAUUGGUGCGAAUGGUCUUGGAUGACUGCUAAGGGAGGCCACCAGAACUUCGACGAUUGCCUCUUCUUCCGUUUCGAUGUCAACGGCCGAUAA